AUGCCGCCCCCGCCCGUUCCCUCGCGCGCGCUGACACUGCACUCGACGGCAAGGGCCUCUAACUCGGCCACCCACGACGUCGUAGACCUCACCAAGCCCCGCCCACGCACGCAGGAGCCCUCCGCUGCACCAUCCAGGAAGCGCUCCUACUCUACCUUCUCGAUCAAGACCGAGCGUAGUCUGUCUCCCAGGCCCUCCGUCAAGCGUGAGAGGGGCGAGAGGAGCGAAAGCGAGUGGACUGUGACGCCUCGCAGGACGCCCGCCGUCCCGCCACCUCGCGCCCCUUCCCACACUCGCAUGCCCUUCCGUCAUGCCUCGAGCGUGAGCACCGUCGGCCUGAACCCUCCUCGUCCCCGCGUCAGUCGCAAGAACACCGAAAGCAGCAGCGGUGGACUUGGUGGCCAACCGGCGCCUGAGGACUUGCGCCACGCCGUGUCGCAAGUGCGCAACAAGCUCGAGACCUUCGGCGUGCUCUCCGACGGCGAAGCGGGGCCGGCGCUCGCCGCCCUGCUCGGACGUCUUUACGACCGCUCCCACCUGGCUGAUGAAUCUGACGUUGCGGCCGAGGGAUUGCUCGGGAUCCUCUCCUCCGUCAUGCUCCAGGUCCUGAGCAUGGCCCCUUUGCAUCUCGUCACGUCCUGGUCCACCACCAAAAUCGGCCUCAAAGCGCAAAUCUCUACCAAGGCACCAAGCGACGGCGAUGCUCGCACGCCUAAACGACGCGUGGAAUGGGAGGGACUUCCGCCGCCAGCUUAUUGGUGA